AUGGAAGCAUACAGAAAGCUUGUUGUUCUUGUGGCAUUGCUUUUGGCAGUAGCCAUUGGCUCCGACGCCUUGAUGGCCAACAGCGACGAGAGUUUUUGCCGCAUGACAAAAGAAGGUCUCAAUGCAUGCGCCCCUUCAGUGAGCGGGGCGAACCCUCCGCCUCCCUCAGCUCUGUGUUGCUCGGCUCUUUCGUACGCGGACUUCGGAUGCCUUUGUCUUUUCAAGAAGUACUCAAACUUUCUCAGUGCCUACGGAAUCGACCCAAACCUUGCCAUGCAGCUUCCUGCCAGAUGCAACCUUCGCCAGCCUAUCCGUUGCUAA